AUGACAAGUCCAACCGACCACACAACUUCAACGGAAGGCGAGAAGCCUCCUAUUAGCGACCAAGAAAAGGCUUGUGUCGUCUCCGCAUCUGCACCGGAUCUUGCUCGUGUCUUUGUACGGCUCUCCAAUGGCUCCAAGAUUGUGGUUCCAAUCUCCCAGGAUUCGACGGUGGACAAUCUCCACGUCCGAACUCUGGAGCGUGCUCAGAAACUAGGAUUGCCAGUCGAUUUUUCGAAUACGAUCCUUGGAACUACUGGAAAUGAUGGAAUAACGCUAUCCGGGGAAGAUCAAGUUGCUGAUAUUUUAGACCUGACAGAGGCCAAUACCUUCCGUCUUGAAACCCGAGGCCAUGGAACAAUCACUGACCAUGUAUUUCUUGAAGAUGCUGACGCAAUCACACCUGUUCCCUGCUCACCUCUCCCUGGCCGAAACGAGAAGAAAAUCUAUAUUCGCUGGAUCACUAUUGAUAUGGCAGUCAAUAGCUGGAGUUACUCUCGCCUUCGUAAAAUUCCAACUGAUAGAUCUUCUGUUCCUUCGGAUACCACACUACACGAUUUACGACAGCUGGCUUUGAAACGUCUUCGUGGUGCACCUCCAGACUUCUCAUGCACAAACCCAACCAAUGUCAACCUCUUUUUACCAGAGUGCCGUUUGCACACCGAUCAGAAUUUUGCGACUCUGAACGAUCUUGGGCUCAGAGGCUCAAAAUAUGAACCUCUCGAUAUCUUCGUCGAAUACAUUGGACCAGAUGCCAGGGUUUCUCUCAACCAGCUCUCUCCCCUCUUCUCUCCGCGGACGGUAUGGAACUUCAAUUCGACUUCCCGUGGCUUCAGCACCUUUGUUUCCAGCUUGCAGAUACUCUGCAAAGAAAUAGAGAGAGGGAGGGCUAGCUUGGAUGGGGUACUCGAGGUGUUGCUGGAACUCACACACUUUCCGCCUUUGCUAUUGGCAUUCAAGGCCGUCUAUGAUUCGGGGAUAGAUGGAAACACACCAGCGGGUCCUCUUUUGUUAGUCGCCACGGCCAUUCAAGCGCUGUGUCGAAGGAUGAUCUCUUCCAAGCUUUGCCCAACAAAGGACAGCACUUUGGAGGCCUCUCGUCAGGUCAUCUGCUGGAUUUACUCGUCGCGUUCCGAGGCAUCUCUAAAUCAAAGCCGUAGAGCACCGCUCCUGCAUCGUGUCCAGGUUAUUCGCAAGCCUGAAAAGCCACAGGCGUCCACGUUCUUACCAUUUUACGAAGUUAAUCAACACCAGCACAAGAACCAGUCUACCUCCUACCUCGUGAGCAUCGAGCAAGAUGAUCCUUUUCUGUGUCGACGCCUAGGUUUAGCCCUACGAGAGUCAUCUGCCCAACCAUGGGAUUAUUACUUCCAACCCGCAACGUCAUGGACUUCACUCGUGAACGAGUCUCUCAUGAGUCUUCUCAGUCCAAAUGAGUUUGAAAGCUUGAUCGAAGUUACCAAUUCUAUUGAUGCUUUUAAGAUCGUUGGACCUAUGCAAAUUGGGGCAUGUCUCGCAGCAGAGCUUCCAGUCUUGACACUCAGCGCAACUGGGUACGUCUCCAGAUACGAUCAUGAAGAUCUUGAAUGUAGUGAACGAAGCUUCAUUACCUGGAAUGCAAUCGAAGGCCGAACAGUUCUACCUGACAAUGGUGGCCAAUUCCUCUCGUCCAAAUUAGAACCUUUACUCGCUGCACGAAAGCUAGAAAAAAAUUGGGAACUAGACGCCUGGGCAGAAUGGACAAAAACAGCAGAUUUUGGCCCACCAGAUGAGGCAAUCGUCAUAUGCGUAGAUACCAGCGCGAGCAUGGGUUCCUCAAUGAAAGAAGGCUGGCUUCCCAGCAACAACUGUGGCCCAAAACCGAGCCGACUCACUGAAGUCGUAGAAUUCUUCAAAAACCUUGCUUUGAGAAUAUCCGCACUGAAUUUGUCUACGCAUCUUGGCCUUGUCACUUUCUCUAGUCGGGCACUGAUAAAUGUCAAACAGCCACUCACUCCCUUGUGUUUGAACUUCAACCAGAAACUGGACGACGUUAAGACGGGCAAAGGGACGGCGAUAUAUAGUGCACUAGGGAAAGCCGCUGUCAUGUUGUCCGGAAUCAAGACUAAAUAUCCCAAGACCAAAUGCCGUAUAAUCGUUCUCACUGAUGGCGAAGAUAACAAUAGCGAUUGGACGCCUCAAGCUGUAGCACAGUUCCUUACAACUAACAGUAUUCUGCUAGAUGCGGUAGUUCUCGGGUCCAAGAAGGAAGACCAACCGAACUGCCCAAAGACUAAGGAACUGUUCAAGAUUGCAAGAAACACAGGCGGCUAUGCUUUUGCGCCACAGACACAGCAAGCUCUAUUCCAAAUUUUCUUGCUAGAAACAGUCGUGGAUAUUCGCACGAGACCUUACGUUGCUGGCGAAGAAUUUUCUGCCUGGGCAGACUUCGCUCCUAAACGCGCAGAUAUGGCAAAUCCGUUCGAUUUUCCCCCAUGCCGACCUCAUGCAAAUUUAGAUGAUCACUUCAUUGCUCUCGCUGACGCAGAGCGAUUUAUGACUCGGCUCGCUCAGUCUUCGCAGCGAAGUGUCUCUGCACGUUCUGUGGCGACGCGAUUCAGUCGAGCUACUACUGCUGCUAGCGCUGGAGGAAUAUCCCGAAUUUUGCUUAGUGAGGUCAAAGCUAUGAUCGAGAAUCCGCAUGAAUAUAUGGAUACUUAUGUUAGUCAGAGCAAUAUGGGAUUUUGGAAAGUUGCAAUGCAAGGGCCCCCAGAUUCUGCGUACUCUGAGGGCACAUUCUUGAUAUAUAUCGAAAUCGGAUCAGAGUUUCCGAGAAAACCACCAUCCGCAAGAUUCAUUACACCUAUGCUUCAUCCCAAUAUAACCAAGCAUGGACGAAUCUGCCAUCCAAUAUUUUCACGCGAAUGGAGUCCUGUAACAAGGGUUUAUCAAGUGCUUCAGCAAGUCUAUGGAAUACUAAUGGCACAAGAGGCUCGCGAUGCAAUCGAUCCGCUGUCUUCCUUACGCUUUUGGUCAGAUCCUGAUCAAGGUCGCAAAGACGUCCGAGAAUAUGUUACAAAAUUCGGAUGUCGCACACGCGCCCAGCAUCGAAGUGAUAUUGUUGGAGACGACGUCUCAUCCAUCGACACAAAUUCCACGCCUGGGACCUCUAGCUACGCAGGCAGUCUCAACAGCCAAGCUACUGCAACUUCUUCUACCGCACCUAUCCUACCUAGCGCGGCGUCGAAUCCGUUUACUACUAGACCACCUAGUUACAGAACAACUCCUUCCAUAUCAGGAAGGACGGUGUCGAGUGUUUCGACGCUGCUGAAUCAUCUGAACUUCCAGCGGGGAAGGCACAUCACUUCACCACCGCUACUUGACUUACAAGCUGGAAACCCAUCUGGUGCGCAGACGUCUGUCAACUCCCAGUCUACCUCUGUAACUCCUGUUCUUACACCGUCAACCGGUACCCCUAGUGGAAGUGUUGAUGGUGCAAACAAUGGCAGGGUGGUAGGACGUCGCGCAAGCUUCUUUGGUUUGCUUCGGAAUGUGUCAAGUUAA